AUGACGGAAAGAGUGACUCAGGUGAUCCCAAACAAAUACUUCAACGAGGAUAAAUUGAGGACGAUGUGCAUUGAAAAAUUCGGCAAUGAUAAGUUCGAGCUCAAAAAGAAGUCGGAGACCAAUAGGGAAACUGGUAAGGAGACAAAGUGCUUCGUCUUGUCGGCCCCGAGGCGGUUGACCAACGAUGAGUUGCUCCUUUGCAAGUCCAUCAAAGAGCGUCCCUGA